AUGAAUGCAAUUAUUGCUAAUAAGAAAAUUGGUGUUUUAGCCACAUCACGUCACUUUGUUAUUGAUCAGUCAAUGGUUUCACAGUGGAUAUCUAAUAAAGAAAAGCUUAAGAAUGCUAAUUCAAGUAAUAGAUGUGUUGGUGCUAGAAGAGCUUCAUUUUAUCCAGAGGCUGAAGAAGAACUUGUCAAGUGGUUAAAUGAACUUCAUUUAGCUAAAAUUGCUGUAACUGCAGAAGUGUGGGCUGAUAUUUCUGUAGAAAUGGUUAUUAAAUCUUUUAAAAAAUGUGGUAUUUCUAAUGAAUUAGAUGGUACUGAGGAUGAUUUGUUAUAUAAUUCAAAUAAAGAAAAUGAUGAUAAUGAAGAUUUAGCAGAAAUAGUUGGUAAAACUAGUUUUUCUGCAGAAGAAUUAGAUUUAGAAGAUUAG